AUGUCGUCUCUUUUCAACAAGAGCGGCGGAGGCUCGCGCUUCCAGCUGCCCGCUCUGAACCUCAACUUUGGAAGCAUCACAGACGGCACCAACAUCCCGCCGCCUCCGGACUCGCCGGUUCAAAAGGUGCCGACUCCUCCUCAGACGCCGCCGCCCGCCAAGGAAGUCGCGAAGGAGACCGAAAAGGACACACAGAGCAACGUCGUCAGCGACGACAGCAAGGAAACGCCCCAACAGAGCAUUCCUGCUUCCUCCAAUGGUAAUCUCGCUGGAACCAAGCGCUACGCGGAUGAAGAUGUCCCCUUGAGCCCGGCAGCUUCGAGCCGUCAAGGCAGCAUCCGUCGCCUAUUCAGUAGGACCAUGUUGAAUAACAAUUACGCAGAGGGCCAGAACCAGAAUCCAUCGAGCGCGAGCCUCGCGGCUGUCACCAACGGCCGACCUUCCAGCCAGGGCGGCUCCAGCUUCCUCGACGAGCGAAAGUCGAGGAGGAGCAGCGGCUGGUUCAGACGGAUCAGGACUGGAGAGACGGGGUCCAAGCGAAUCAGCACAAUGAACUUCGAAGAGCCUCCUCGCGCGCCCACGCCUACGGCCACGAUCAAGAAGCCUUCGGGACCGCCGCCUCCCAUGAUCCCCGAGUUGACCGAUCUCGAAAAGGACGAGGGAAGUCUGGGUGAUGAUCUGUUUAAGAACAUCAAGUAA